GCAUUAAAACCUGAACUGUCCUUUUCCCCAUCGCCUUACGCCAAGGGUAGGGGGGUGUGCAUAGGCAGACACAAACCUAUGCUUAAAACUUUCUUUAGUGAAAGUUCAUACGUACACUUUAUUUUUGUGCUUUAAAAACUCCUUUCGCGUUUUCGAAACGCCAUUGCUAAAAAAACAAAACACAUCAAAAGCAACGUAAACUUGAGCCAAGAUGAUUGACACAGUGACGGCACCUGGAGCACUGCCCUUUGCAGUUCAGCUAAAGGCCCUGACAGAUCUCGAGGGCCGAUACCAACCGAAGCUGAGCGGUUUGAGGCUCAUUGAGAGCUCCCAGGACAACGGCCUCAGAAUGACCACCAGGCUGAGGGAGCUGGAGGUGAAGGACCUGCUCUCUCUGACCAGGUUCUUUGGUUUCAGCUCGGACACCUUCUCACUGGCCAUCAGCUUGCUAGAUCGAUUCCUGUCUGUAAUGAAGAUUCAACCAAAGCACCUGUCCUGCGUGGGCCUAUGCUGCUUCUACAUUGCCAUUAAGUCCUCAGAGGAGGAGAAGAACGUGCCUCUGGCCAACGAUUUGAUCCGCAUCAGUCAGAAUCGCUUCACAGUGUCCGACAUGAUGAGGAUGGAGAAGAUCAUCAUGGAGAAGCUCUACUGGAAGGUGAAGGCCCCCACGGCCCUCCGCUUUCUCCGCCUCUUUCACAGCCACAUCCAGGAGCAGCUCGAUGCUGAGAGCAAGAAGAUACUGAGCCUUGAGAGACUUGAGGCUCAGCUGAAAGCCUGUCACUGCUCAUUUGUUUUCUCCAAAAUAAAGCCAUCUUUGCUUGCCAUGGCUCUCCUGUGUUACGAGGCCCAGGAACAACAUGACCCUGAGCACACUGAUAAAAUACCAGAGGCCCUGAAAAGUCUACAGCUGCUGCUGAACAUCAGAGAUGGGGACCUGGUUUGUGUGCGGGAGCUGGUUGGAAAAUGCCUGGCUGAAUAUGCCACCACCAGGUGCUCCAGGCCUAACACCCAGAGGCUUCGCUGGACUAUUUCAGGAAGAACUGCGCGUCAGCUGAAGCACAGCUACUACAAGAUCACUCAUCUUCCCACCAUACCUGAGUCAGCUUAUUAAACCUGGAGGUACAAAUGGGUGGCCAUAUAUGCAGGGGAAAAUUACACCUGUCCCCCAAAUCUUAGUUCUGAUUGGGGUGACUUUCUUGCUGUAUGGUCACCUACGUACGUCUCCAGCUAUUUUCCUUACAGAUCUUCAUCUGUGUUGAUGGGGUUCUUUAAGGAAAAGAUCAAAAUGUAACAGUUUUCCUUAAGUUUGUUUGUCAUCUUACAUUGAUCAAGCACGCUGCAAUUUAUCUUGCCCCAAUGACAAGUAAUGCUUUGUUAGAAAGGUUUUAUCUACUACCAUCCUGCUAAGUUUUACUUUCCUGGUUGAGUUGCUUGCACAAGUGUACAGUAUGUUCUUGUUCAAAUCCGUACCAAGGUGUUUGGUAUUUCCUGGAACGGGUUGCUGGUUUUAAGCAAAUAAGUAUAGAACCACCUAGGUCCUCAGUCCACCAUGUGGAAGAGGAGGGAGAAGGAUUUUGUGAACAGCAAAAAUGGAACCAAGAAAUCGGGCCCAAAAUCCUUAACUCCCACCCUAGGUUGCGAAACUGUCCUGAAUGCACACUCCUACCCAAGGUGAUGAUUUUUUGUUUUUUUAAUUUUGAUACGGCGCGGGAACUCCGGUUUUCUCCGGUGAAGUGAGGCUAAUGACGGUCCCGUCAUAUAUGGCUAACCAUGCUGUUAGAGAUGAAACGUUACGAGUGGUUACAGAUGAGUCGUUUUCAUAGAUUCUUGAUUUGUGUUCACAGAGUGAAGCUCCAAAUGUAUCAAUUGAUUUCAGUUGCAGAGAUGCAGAGAACACUAAAAAAAUUUGGUCAUUGCAGUGGAAAUGUGGAUUGGAAUCUGUAUUGCAUUUUCUUUGCCAGUUUCCCUGUCGAGUUUAAGUUUCUGUAGUGUCAAAUGUGUUCUCAAAUUCAAAAUGGCUAAUUGAACACACCAUCUGGCUAACCUAUAGACUUGUACCUUUCAAUAAAACUUUAUUGAAAAGCUA